GCCGCCCGCCCCCGGCCCCGUCCCCGGCGCGGCCCCGGGCUCGGUGAAGCAACAGUCUCGUGUCAGUGCCGGGGUGAGGUCGCGCGCGGCUUGUGUACCAUGCUAUAGUCGCGCCGCUCGUCUCCGCCCGUGUCCGUGUGCUCUUGUGCUCGUGUGUCCGUGUGUCCUCUCUCUCCCCGGUCCGUGCCAUGUCUCUACCGACGGGUGUGGACGUGUCCCAGCUGGUCCAACACCCGGUGCUGGCUGCUCUGCCUCCUUUCUUCCUCAGAGCCUCCGAGAGAUACCAGUUGUUCUGUGCUCAGAGGACGCCGAAGUGUGCCCGGUGUCGCAACCACGGCGUGGUGUCCGCUCUCAAGGGCCACAAGAGGUACUGCCGCUGGCGGGACUGUGUCUGCGCUAAAUGUACCCUCAUAGCGGAGAGACAGCGAGUUAUGGCUGCACAGGUCGCCCUCCGUCGCCAGCAGGCGCAGGAGGAGAACGAAGCUCGUGAGCUGAACAUGUUAUACUCUCAGCCAACGACGCAACACUUCCCGGACAUCCAGGAAGACGCUCCCGUUCACAAGCGAGCUCGCAUCACGGAGGUCUGUUCGAGUCCGUCUCCCGGGGAAAUCCCCCAGGAGUCUAAGACUCCCUCCCAGACUCCUCCGCUGAGGACCCCGCCGCCGCGGUCGCCGUCAGACAGCGAGCUGAAUGUGGAGGAGGAACUGGAACACUCCGAGCCCUCGCUCACGCCCGAGAACCUGUCCAUGAAGGAGAGGCAGGGAGAAGUGAAGAAGGAGGAAGACAAGUGGGAGAACGGACCCAAGUUCCGCAGAAACAAACAGGAACACAUAGCGGACGCGGCCGAGGACAGCGCGCCUUUACAGAAGUCACCCAUAGACGUGCUCAUCAAGGUGUUCCCGAGACGCAGUCGCCAGGAGAUAGAGGCGAUCCUGGCGCGGUGUAAAGGGGACGUGGUGGCGGCCAUGGAGAUGAUGGUGGCCGGCCCCGAACCGCCCUACCACCUGACGCCGGAGUCGCCCGCUCAGUACAUGCAGUCCUACCAGUCCAAGUCCGCCUUCUCGCCGCUGUCCAAUCAGAGCUUCAAGUUCUCCCCGUCCAGAAGGUUCCUGACUCCCCCGUACAGCGGCACGGGCUACCUGCCCACGGUCAUCCGCCCUCCGCCCGAGUACCUCUCUUCGUUCCUCCCUCCCUCUGAGCUGAUGUACGGCCGACAGCUGCAGGUCCCCUCCCCCGGAACUUCUCCCACAUCGGACAACACCAACAACGAAGGUUUCUCCGACUAGGGGUAUCUCUAUCACGGAGCGCCCAGAGCCGGCUCGUGGACACAGUGAUCAAAUUCCAGUGAAUAUUUUUCUGUAGAUAAUAUUAUGUAGAAAUAAAAAAUACAAAAAUUUGUAUUGAAAGGACUCUGUAAAUAGUUGUUAGUGUGUUCCAUCGCGAUCGCUCAGAUUAUAAUGAUAAUUGAUACUGAAUAGUAAGAAUACUUACGUAGAUCGAAGAGCUUCUCUCGACAGAUUAUGUUAAGUUAUAAAUAGAUAGUGAAUUGUCUAAGCAUCCUAGCCAGGAACGUAGAGCUAGCGAAGACGUCGGACGUCCUCGAUUCGUGUAUCGGUGACAUACAUACACACACCUGGAUGUGGGUAUGAAGCACAGCCCACAGGUGGACUGUUGAGGUGACGAGGUCGGCGGAGGAGUUAGCUAGCCCGGCUGUAUGUAUGUUACAUAGUGUUCAGUAGUUGUAAGCGUGUAUAUAUAACAUAUGAGAUGUAACCCGACACUACCUUCAUGUCUUGAAUAAUAAA